AUGGCUGCAGGGACAAAGAGGGGGCAUGAUAGCGGUCGUGCUGCUUCUGUCAGAGACAGGAAUGCCAAGCGUGGAAGGACUGAAUUGAGAACGGUGACUAGAACUGCUCAAAGACCAAGAAAAGGUGAAUCAAAAGAGAGUCAUCUGAUUCAGACAACCGAGGAUAGAGAUGCCUCACAGGACAUUGAUCAUAGCGAGGAAGAGGAGGAGGAAUCUGGCGAGGAAGAUCUUAGUGGAAAAUCAUACUCCGCGUUGUUGACUCUACUAAAGUCAAACGACAAGGCAAAAUCUGAGCUGGAGGAAAAGCCAGAGACCAUUCAGCAAGACCAACACGAACAACAUCCAAACACAGAAGAUGAUGACGAACUUGCUGGUGAAAACUUUGACGAAGACCAAGUGGAGUCGGAGAAUGAAUCGGAGAAUGAAUUGGAGAAUGACGAAGAAGACUUGCCAGAUGAGGUGGCGACUGACCCUUUCGAAGUUCACUUUAAUCAACCAAGCGAUGAGUAUUUAGAGAAGGAAGAGAAGUUGGUGUUGAUAGAACACAACAAGUGGACUGCUCUGUCGAAAGAGACGUACAAUGACUUGUCAUUGAGCUCAACUACAUUAUCUCCACCCGGUGAAGGCAUCACACAUGUAAAAUUCAAACAUCCAACCAGCAUUGAAGAUUUCAAGUCAUUAAAAAUGAGAGUCUUGGAUGCAUACACAAGUGAGUAUGGAAAUGAUCUCACCACGUUAGAUUCGGUACUUUUGCAGCCGAUUUUAAACUACGAAGACGUCAACUAUCAGUACAAGACGUAUACAAACAAAUCAUACAGAAAGCUCUAUGCCAUGCACGCGUUGAAUCACAUCUACAAAACCAGAGAUCGGAUUAUUAAAAACACAGCCAAAUUGCACCAAGCCCAAGAAAACAACCAAGAUUUAGAAUUGAGAGACCAAGGUUUUACACGUCCAAAAAUAUUGAUUCUUUUACCAUCGAGAGAGUCAUGUCACACUUUGGUUGAAUUGUUGAUCAAGUUGUCAGGUACUACACAACAGGAAAACAAAAAAAGAUUCACUGCUCAAUUUCAUGCCAAAGAUGUUCCUAGAAAUAACAAACCACAAGAUUUCCAAGACGCAUUCAAGGGGAACAAUAACGAUUACUUUUGCAUUGGGUUGAAAUUGACCCGUAAGUCUUUGAAAUUGUACUCCUCUUUUUAUUCAUCGGAUAUCGUCAUUGCCUCGCCACUUGGGUUGUCGAUGAUAUUGGAAAAUCCGGACAAGAAGAAGCGUCAAUACGACUUCAUCUCAUCGAUAGAGGUGUUGAUUGUUGAUAGAGCCAACCAAAUUGAGAUGCAAAACUGGGAUCAUGUAAAUACAAUCAUGAGGUAUAUUAACAAAGUUCCCAAAGAUUUCCAUGAUGCUGAUUUUAGCAGAAUCAGAAUGUGGAGUAUCAACGAUCAAGCAAAGCUUUUGAGACAAACGUUGGUGUUUUGUGAGUACUUGACUCCAUCUAUCAACAACCUUGUAUCAUCAAAAUCUUUCAACCUACUGGGCAAGACUAAAUUUAAGCCGAUUAUAACUUCUGAAACAAGCAUCAUGAACUCCAUUGGUAUCAAAAUCAAACAGGUAUUUCAAAGAUUUCCAAGUGAAUCUCCAACCUCUGACCCAGAUAGUAGAUUCAAGUUUUUCAUCAAUGCAAUACUUCCCAACUUGUUGAAAACUACGUCUUAUGAAGAUGGUAUCAUGAUCUAUAUACCGUCCUACUUUGACUACCUUCGUAUCAAAGACUACUUCAAAACAUCAACAAAGUUCAAUUUUGGGGCUAUUGAUGAGUACAGUUCUCAAUCCAGAUUGACAAGAACCAGACACGAAUUUGCCAAUAGCAAAAUCAAAAUCAUGUUGUACACAGAGAGAUUACAUUAUUUCAGAAGAUAUGAAAUCGGUGGAGUUAAAAAUAUAAUCAUGUAUGCACCACCAACAAAUCCUAUAUUCUAUAAAGAAUUGAUUCGGUUCAUCGCCAAGUCAGUAUUCAAAGACGAAUGUGAUUUGAAUUUGGUCACUGUCAAGAUCCUCUAUUCGAAAUGGGACGCAACUGCCUUGGAUCGGAUUGUGGGUAAUGAACGUGCACCAAUUCUUUGUCAUUCAAGAAAUGAAAUGUAUGAGUUUAGAUAA